CCAGACCCGAACGACUACACGGUGGACGCGCCGGCCGUGCCCAUGGCGCUGCACAAGAGCUCGUCCUGCGCGCUGCCGCCGAAGCCGCAGUCCGGCCAGCCGCUGAGCAUCCCGCUGCACAGCCUCUCCGACCACAUCUACCUCCACGCGCGAGGCGAUGAGGGCCUGCCCACGAGCGUUGCUGUUACGCAUCGGUAUGGGCAGAAGUACUCCACCCUCGUGCUCGCGACGCAGAGCGUGGCCCCCGACAGCGAGGGACCCGGGCCGAACUUCCUGAAGCUGGCUGUCCGCGCCAGGGGCCCGGGCGCCGCCUGUGGGGCCCAG